AAACAAAGAUUAAAUCUAUUGCCGUUGGAUCGAUCAAUCUCGUAUCUAAUUUCCCAAAUCCAAGGGUCGUCCUUUCUUUCUCUCUCAACUUCACAUACGAGACAACCUCGGUUAAGGAACGUAGAGAGAGAGAGAGAGAGAGAGAGAGAGAGAGAGAGAGAGAGAACGAAGAAAUCCACAGAAAGGUGUUUGAUUUGCCGGAGUCUAUCCUUCUCAUCGAUCCAUGACCACCAUCCCCAUCUUCCUUCUCCUGUUUUUUUCUUCUUCUUCUUUUUCCUGAUAAAUUUUUUCCCGGAAAGUAAGGGAGAAGAGAGAGAGAAGAACAAACAGAGUUGGAGAGGGAAGAAGAUUGAAAAAAUUAAAAAUAAAGGAGAAAUGCCCAGGUAAUUAAAUUGGUGAAAUUUUCGAUUUUGAUCACUGGGUAUUUCUUCCUUUUCGGUUUCCUACACUGGAUUUUGGUGAAUCCAUGGACUUGGACAGCAUUGAGUGUGUGUCAUCCUCUGAUGGCAUGGAUGAGGAUGAGAUCCAACACCGUAGUUUGCAUCCUCAUCCCCAUCAUCACUCUGAGUUUUCUUCCACGAAGCAUCGCAACGGCAGCGCUAAUAACAAUAAUGUUAUGGGUACUACGGCUAUUACUCCGGCAACCAGCGUUCAUGAGUUGCUGGAAUGCCCUGUUUGCACCAAUUCAAUGUAUCCUCCAAUUCAUCAGUGCCACAAUGGGCACACAUUGUGUUCCACGUGUAAAACAAGGGUGCACAAUCGGUGUCCCACUUGUAGACAAGAGCUUGGAGAUAUUAGGUGUCUGGCACUGGAGAAGGUGGCUGAAUCACUUGAGUUACCUUGCAAGUACUACUCCCUUGGAUGUCCAGAAAUCUUUCCAUACUACAGCAAGCUUAAGCACGAGACAGUAUGCAAUUUUAGACCAUACAAUUGUCCUUAUGCCGGAUCAGAGUGCUCUGUUGCUGGGGAUAUUCCCUUUCUUGUUGCACAUUUGAGGGAUGAUCAUAAGGUGGACAUGCACACAGGAUGCACAUUCAACCAUCGUUAUGUGAAGUCAAAUCCCCGUGAAGUAGAGAACGCAACUUGGAUGCUCACUGUAUUUCAUUGUUUUGGCCAAUACUUCUGCCUUCACUUUGAAGCUUUCCAGCUUGGCAUGGCUCCUGUUUACAUGGCAUUCCUUCGUUUUAUGGGUGAUGAGAAUGAGGCUCGGAACUAUAGCUAUAGCCUUGAGGUUGGGGCAAAUGGCAGGAAACUCAUUUGGGAGGGCACACCGCGGAGUAUUCGCGAUAGCCACCGUAAAGUCAGGGAUAGCCAUGAUGGUCUAAUUAUUCAACGAAAUAUGGCGCUAUUUUUCUCUGGUGGGGAUAGGAAAGAGCUGAAACUCAGAGUUACCGGAAGAAUAUGGAAAGAACAACAGAAUCCAGAUGCUGGGGUGUGCAUACCAAAUCUUUGCAGCUGAUGUGAUUUGGAGGGUAUUUUUAUUGCUUGUGUGUGGGGACACCACUGCUGUAUCUAUACACCAACUUUGUGUAUGUUGUAAUAGAGUAAGGCACUAAGAUGGCUUUGAAAUUUUCAGUUUUCUCAAGUUGUGUAAAAAACAAGAUUUCCUUCCUUUAAAGUUGUGUUUGUCAAUUUUGGUUUGUUCCAAAUUUACGUUUUUUGAUGCCCCACAAAUGAUGUUCACAGUCCAUCGGUGUACAAAUGCUAUGUAAGUGGCUUCAUCUCUCCUCGUCUUUUUAUGUCAUCUAUGCCAAUUACCAAUGUCA